AUACUUUCCUUCUUCCCGGAGCAGUGCUACAUAUUUCUGUGCUAGGGGAAACUUCACCCAAAGCCACUUUCUUAACACAGUUCCGUCCAACGUCACAUUACAGCAGACAUGGACCACAUGAUCAACUGGAAGGCGUUGGACAAUGUCCCUCUGCUCUUCUACAUCCUGGCAUUGAAGACCCUGGUCUUGUGCCUGGGCUUCGCUGGAGUGAAGAUCUAUCAGGCUAAGAAGGAAGAGGCCAAGCUGAAGAUACAGAGGGCAGAGCAGAGGAGGAUAGCGGAGCAGGUGCAGGAGCUCCUGGACAACAAGAAGGAUGACUGACCCGGAGGAACAAGGGAGAUGAAAGGAACUAAACUAUGUCAUCUGACCAGACUGGGGACCUACAUGCUCCAAGGAUGGGGCGGAACUCUGAUUGGCUGAUCUGGGGUGAAAGUGUUGCGAAUGUCUAGUUCCUGUUGGACAGUACUCACCCAGAACAGGCCUGGGGUCCUGGACAUUGCUGCAGGUGUCAUUCUUUUUUUUACACAAACUUAACUUCAGAGCCAACAGAUGUUUUGUAAAUAAAGACUGUUUUUGUACCUCUGUUGGAGCGGCCUUUCUUUGUCACAUUUGAUGUAUAGAGCUGAACGUUGGAGACAGUGGUGUGAUGGAGAGGUGGUCAGUCUAUUGACUACACAUUAGGGGGCAUUUAAUUUGUCCUGAUAAAGGAGAUGAGCUGAGGAAGCCACUAUAGCACUAAAGCCUUAUGUCGACUUUUUCCCCUGGUUCGUCUGUAUGAUUAGUGUACUUUUGGUACUUAUUUUAAUGAUUUUUUAUUUUUUUUUACUUGCUGAUUAUCUCCAUUAAGUGAAAAGCACUUAAUCAAAUGUAUUAGACUAUUGAGAAGUCUUAGUGGCUGUACAUGGCUCAGUUCCCUGCACAUUGUAAAUUUGGUAUUGGCACUGACCCUGUUUUAUAUAGCUUCCUCUUAUUUCUGAUGUUUUUCUUAAUUAUUAGUUAUGAUUUUGAGCACUGCACUGUUGGGUAGAGCUUACAAGUUAAGCAUUUCACUGUACUUUUGUGCCUGUGACAACUAACUUGUAAAGGUGAUAAUUUGAAAGCGUGCACAUCCAACUGUCACCAUAGGGAGGCAGCGAAGUGCCACCAAUUGGCCAGAAUGUGAAGUGGCUUCAGACAGUACUUGCCUAUGUUGAACAUUUGAUGAAAAUAAACCAACACAAUUAAAACAAACCACACAUUCA